CCAGGCUGAGGCGCAGGCAGCGCCGCGGGCAUCUCAGGGCCUGGCCGUCAGGGGGCCUCCGAGAAGGUCUGAAGCGUGCGAGGCGCCGCUCUUCCGCCAUAUUGAGCGUGGCCGCCGGUGCUCCGCACAUGCACCGGAUGUUGCGGUAGGAACAGUGUCGCGAUAACGGUGUCGCGACCGCAAACUGCGUUUAUCGCUCGCUUUAGCGGCAGCGCGAAGCUGUGUCCGUUGUCAGGAGGCUUUUAGCAUUCGCCUCCUUUCCACCGCGCUAGGGGCGAAGCUGCGGCAGCGCCAGGCCUCAGCCUGCAGCGGGGAGCGGGGGGCGUGGCCACCGCGUGCGAGGCUAUAUAAAGGCGCGGCGGGGUCCCGCCCCUUUCAGAUGCAAGAUGGCGGCGCUGAGGGCGGCGGGGGCGGCGCUGCUGCGGCCGGGCCGCGGGGCGGAGGCGGCGACCAGGCUGGGUUACCACAAGAAGGUGGUGGAUCACUAUGAGAACCCGCGCAAUGUCGGCUCCCUCGACCGCAACGCCAAGAACGUGGGCACCGGCCUGGUGGGCGCCCCGGCGUGUGGAGAUGUCAUGAAGCUGCAGGUGGAAGUGGAUGAGAACGGGAAGAUCGUGGAUGCCCGGUUCAAAACCUUCGGUUGUGGGUCAGCGAUUGCAUCGAGUUCACUGGCAACGGAGUGGGUCAAAGGGAAAACGGUUGAUGAAGCAUUGAAAAUCAAGAACACGGAUAUUGCUAAAGAGCUCUGCCUUCCUCCUGUCAAACUGCACUGCUCCAUGCUGGCUGAAGACGCCAUCAAGGCUGCCUUGGCUGACUACAAGUUGAAGCAGGAUUCGAACAAAGAAGUGUCAGAGAAGAAAGCAAACAAUGCCUAAACUGACUGUAAAGCUUGCUCUCAUUCCACUUCCUUUUGCAGUGCAAUUACUUUAGAUUAGUAGGAUCCUGCUCACUACUAAAGCAAGCUGUAAGAUACGCACAACUUACGCACAACGUGUCGCUGGAGGUGUGUGCACGGCCCCUCUUGUGCUCACGCGAUGGAGGUGGGUGGCUCAGCAGCCUCUGCCCUGUCACAACUCCCUUUGGUGGAGUGAAGAAGGCUGCUCACCGGUGGCUUCACCCUGGAGGGGAAUUCCUCCUGGUCUGGUACUCGAAGGGCUGCACUUUCCCUUUGGAAGAUGUUAGAGUUUUGCCUAAUAUUUCACUGGAAUGAGUGGGAAACGUUGCCUUGGUCUUAUUCUUUCUGUAAGAACUGGAGGUCUGUGUGUACAAACACGGGGUGGUUCAUCUGCCACAGACUACA